CGUAGUCGGAGGCCAGAGCCUCUUCAAUUGGGGAGGAACCUAUUCGUUCUGGGGCGGGGCCUAUGGGAAGAUGGACAGCUCGGUCAAGACUUGAAAAGGGGCGGGGCCCGAGGGGCGGGACCUCGGGUGGCCCCAGGUAGCCCGGCUACUGGGUCCGAAGCGGCUGCGGUCCGACUCCUCCUGGCCGCGGGAUGGCGUCCCCGCGGGAAUUGACCCAGAACCCCCUGAAGAAGAUUUGGAUGCCCUACAGCAACGGGCGCCCCGCCCUGCACGCCUGCCAGCGUGGUGAGUUGAGACUGAUGCGCCACCCAGAGCCAACACCCCAGCACAGUUUGCAUGACCAACUGCCCAACACUCAUUGUCAUGGUGGGCCUGCCAGCCAGGGGCAAGACCUACAUUUCUAAGAAGAUGACCCGAUACUUGAACUGGAUUGGAGUACCCACUCGGGAAUUCAACGUUGGCCAGUAUCGCCGGGACAUGGUCAAGACCUACAAAUCUUUUGAGUUUUUCCUCCCAGACAAUGAAGAGGGCCUGAAAAUCAGGAAGCAGUGUGCCCUGGCAGCCCUGUGUGAUGUCCGGAGGUUCCUCAGUGAGGAGGGAGGACACGUGGCGGUUUUUGAUGCAACCAACACUACUAGAGAGCGGAGAGCAACGAUCUUCAAUUUUGGGGAGCAGAAUGGCUAUAAGACCUUCUUUGUUGAGUCCAUCUGUGUGGAUCCUGAGGUCAUAGCUGCCAACAUUGUGCAAGUGAAGCUGGGCAGCCCCGACUAUGUCAACCGGGACAGUGAUGAGGCCACCGAGGAUUUCAUGAGACGAAUUGAGUGCUACGAAAACUCCUAUGAGUCUCUGGAUGAGGACCUGGACAGAAAUCAUUGGCCAGAGGUGACUUGCAGAACACCUGUUACCUCAUCUGGAACUGUGCAAGUCAGGACUUUCUACUGUUUCAGCACAGAAUCAAGCCUGAUUUCUGUGCAGAGGGGCCUCCAUGGCACUGCAGACAUCACAUGCUUGUCUCUCAGUGUGCAGUCUGCGUGGGGAGGGGAGGACAGCUGCCUGUGUGGAUGGGAAGAGCGAAGCAUUCCUGUGUGGAAUGGUCCAAGGCGGUGUCUGGCUGAGGGUCUUACAGCUGGGAUCAGCAAGUAUUUUCUGGAUCUGUCCUAUAUCAAGAUCAUGGACGUGGGGCAGAGCUAUGUGGUGAACCGAGUAGCUGACCACAUCCAGAGCCGAAUCGUGUAUUAUCUCAUGAACAUCCAUGUGACACCCCGGUCCAUCUACCUCUGCCGGCAUGGGGAGAGUGAGCUCAACCUCAAGGGCCGGAUUGGUGGGGACCCAGGACUGUCCCCUCGGGGCCGGCAGUUUGCCAAGAGCCUGGCUCAGUUCAUAAGUGACCAGAACAUCAAGGAUCUGAAGGUCUGGACAAGCCAGAUGAAGAGAACAAUCCAAACAGCAGAGGCGCUGGGUGUGCCCUAUGAGCAGUGGAAGGUCCUCAACGAGAUCGAUGCGUUAACAAUUACUGUGGCACAGAAAAAACAGGGUGUCUGCGAGGAAAUGACCUACGAGGAAAUUCAGGAUCAUUACCCACUGGAGUUUGCCCUGCGGGACCAGGACAAGUACCGGUAUCGGUACCCCAAGGGGGAGUCCUAUGAGGACCUAGUACAGCGGUUGGAGCCUGUCAUCAUGGAGCUAGAGAGGCAGGAGAAUGUCCUGGUCAUCUGCCACCAGGCUGUGAUGCGCUGCCUCCUGGCCUACUUCCUUGACAAGGCAGCAGAACAGCUGCCCUACCUCAAGUGUCCACUGCACACAGUCCUGAAGCUCACUCCUGUGGCCUACGGUUGUAAAGUGGAGUCCAUAUUUCUGAACGUGGCAGCUGUGAACACACACCGGGACAGACCACAGAAUGUGGACAUCUCUCGGCCUCCAGAGGAAGCCCUUGUCACAGUCCCUGCUCACCAGUGACCACAUCUCAUCUACUGCGAUGCCUGGGUGGACAUAGAUCUCUGUGGAUGAGGUCAUCCCAGGCUGCCUGGUGUGUGUGACAGUGACCAUACAGGAACACUCUCAAAGCUGUGCAUGGCUGGCCACACCCAGACCCCCUGACACAGCUCAUCUGCCUCCUUGUUGAUAGUGACAGGGUUGACAUGGCUGCUGACUUGCUACUAAGAACCACCAGGCCAGAUGGUGCUGCAUGGGCAGGGCAAGAGUGCCCACCACUGGCUGCUGUGUUGCAGCUCUCAGAUGGUCCUGCUCAGCAGGCCAGUGCCCUGAAUGUGAAAUGGGGAGUCUCACUGAGAUGUCCCCACUGUGGCCCAGCUGCCUGGAGUAGACCCUGCAGAGCCUCUUCUCUCCUCUCUGGGGCUCCUUGCUGAGCCAGUGGCCAGGUCUUCAUGGGAUCUUGAAUCUCUGCUGCUAUAGGUGACAGGGAGAGCUCUCCCUGUGCUUCCUUGCCAGGAACCAAGGAGUGGCAGCCACUAACCUUGGGCCUGUGUCACUCAUCCUGUGGAGACUCAGGAAAGCAGCGAGCUCACCCCAGCAUGUUGUGAGGUGGAGGAAGCACAUGUUGGGGGGUGUAGGGUUGGGUGUUGCACUGUGGCCAUCUCUUCCUGACUGUGCAUGCACUGGACUCAGAGGAUCUGGUUGCCAAUUCAGCUGUUCACAGGGGAGCCACACAGACAGGACAGCUGCACACAGGUGGGCGGCCAGGGAGGAGGCUGCCUCUCUGCUGGGGCUGCCUCUGUCCACACAGGAAUGUACACUGGUGGCAGAGAUGUGUAUUCACCGUAAUGCUGCUGAAACCAUGCUGUGGUCCCAUAAAACCUGUACCAGAGUUUGUUGGCCUCUCCCAGUGGGACUGAGGAAAGGACAGAACCCAGAGGUAGCCUCUGCCCAAGGGAGAAUUUCUCUAACCCUGACACAGCUUUGGCUCAUGAACCUGUGAGCCAGGUAAAAAUGGCCCUACAAAGCCUGGUGUCUGUCACACCCCUGAGUUCUUAUGGGUUUAGGCAGUGGGUUCUGGCUCCAGUUCAUAGCUGGCCAACAGACUGGCCAGCAGGUUUUGGGGUGGGGCCGCAACAUACCUAGACUAGUAGUUGAGGCCCUGCUGUCCACAGGUGGCCUUGGUGGAGUCAGGCCUCUGGACCUCAACCUCACUUUGUACCCAGAACCUUUCUAGGACUGUGCCUGGCAGAGCAGCCUGCCUUUUACAGCCCCCUGGGCUUUGCAGCCUCUAAGUGCCACCUGCCCCAAAGGAAAGUCAGGGUACCUGUCCCUGACCAGUGCCCUCUCAUUCCCAGGUGCUGCCACAGCUGAGGACAAACAGGGAGAGUUACCUGGGGUAGGCCUGGGGUAGGAUCCUCUUCCUAGACUCAUCUCUUGUCAGAGCCCUGAGCCCUACUGCAGGCCCAAGGACCACACAUUUGCCUUUGGGAUGUGAGGCUGUAGCCUUUGAUUGUGUCCCUCGGGGUUUUGAUGACUUCUGUCACCUGGAUAUACUUACUUGUUAGCUAUAGUGGGUCCCUCUGGUCAGUAGCUGCUCAAAUGCAUCUGGAUGUCACCUGGGCCAAGACACAAAGGACUUUUUUCUCUGUGUACCGAGGGGAGGCAGGAGUUGAUGGACAUGGUUGCUCUAUGAGGGCUGGAGACACGGCAGAGGGAAAUCAGGGGGCCACGUGUGCACAGGCGCAGCCCCUCCCUGUCUUUGCCCUGGAGCAGCCUCUGCAUGGCAGCCACAUGCCCAGGUGGCUGCCAGGUUUUAGCUGGGAUGGCUGACAUGCCCGAAGUGUAGAGGUCCUGCUUUCCCAGGAGUGAGUGGCUCUGGUCCUCAGCCACAAAUUGCACUGUGUCUAGCAUUCGUUGCAAUAAAUACUUUUUAAAAACCUAACAAUUUAAGGUUGA